AUGGACACCCAAUACGGGAUCUGGUUUCGAAUCAAGUCCACACUCCGACGGCAGCUGGAAAGCUUCGACUUCAUGGACGUGGCAACCGAUGAGAACCCCUUUUGGCCGCGUAUGACUACAAUACAAGCCAGCGGUAGAUGUUGGGUUGACUUCACUAGAGCGACCCACGCUGUCACGCUCUUCGGAACGGGCUUCGGUGACUUGAUCCGGCCAAGUAGGCAAGGCGCUGUGGUCAGGAUUACCUCGCAAUUUGCGUGCCAGAGAUCCAAGACAUUCUGCAGAAAAGGGGGAGCAAGAACACUGUACCCUGGCGACUGGUCUACAACAUCUACUGGCAUACGCCGGACAAGACUUUCGAACUAUGCACUGCACAGCUGUCUGAGACCAAACACGAUCGAGUACAAGAACUGCUUCCAGCUUCCUCCCCCUAAGCUUUGGGGCAGGGGUCUCACAGGGACAGUCGAUAUUAGCCUAGCACCCCGAGGAGCUUUACUCUUUGGCCACAGUUGGCGGUUUCCACCACCGAGGUGGAAGGACCAAGGCGCACCAGAAGAGGGCAAUCCGGAUCAAGAGAUGGAGAACAUUCAGAUAUCUUUGCAGGAUAAUCGCAUCGGGACGAGUCUUGGUUUCUCCAGUAUCGGUGCUGCUGGGGGCAGUUCUCCUUGUUCUCUUGACUCGGGUCUCUCAAGUUCUCGGGAACGUGAUAUAUCUAGCACGAUUGCAUCCCAAAAUACGGAUGAGCACCUAACUAAAAGGUCAAGACUUCUCACGCAGUCAAUAAUCUGGGAGGCCCCGAGCUUGCAGCAUUUCAUCAAGUCCCCGAUGUAG